GACGGACGAGCCCUGAUGCCGGGGGAGACGGAAGAGCCGAGACCCCCGGAGCAGCAGGACCAGGAAGGGGGAGAGGCGGCGGUGGCUAAGGCGGCUCCGGAGGAGCCCCAGCAGCGGCCCCCUGAGACGACGGCGGCGGCGGCGCCUGCGGGGACCACUAGCAGCCGCGUGCUGAGGGGAGGCCGCGACCGGGGCCGGGCCGCUGCGGCCGCCGCCGCCGCUGCUGUGUCCCGCCGGAGGAAGGCCGAGUAUCCGCGCCGGCGGAGGAGCAGCCCCAGCGCCAGGCCUCCCGACGCCCCAGGGCAGCAGUCCCAGGCCGCGAAGCCCCCGUCUCCAGCUCAGGGCAAGAAGAGUCCGCGACUCCUAUGCGUAGAAAAAGUGACAACUGAUAAAGAUCCCAAGGAAGAGAAGGAGGAAGAAGACAAUUCUGUCCUUCCUCAGGAAGUUUCCAUUGCUGCAACGAGGCCUACCCGGGGCUGGCGCAGUAGUAGCAGGACAUCUGUCUCUCGCCAUCGUGACACAGAGAACACCCGAAGCUCUAGGUCCAAGACUGGUUCAUUGCAGCUCAUCUGCAAGUCAGAACCAAAUACAGAUCAGCUCGAUUAUGAUGUUGCAGAAGAACAUGAGUCUCCAGGUGGCAUUAGUAGCGAGGAGGAAGAGGAAGAAGAAGAGGAGAUGUUAAUCAGUGAAGAGGAAAUACCGUUCAAAGACGACCCAAGAGAUGAGACCUACAAACCCCACUUAGAAAGGGAAACCCCAAAGCCACGGAGAAGAUCAGGGAAGGUGAAAGAAGAGAAAGAGAAGAAGGAAAUUAAAGUGGAAGUAGAGGUAGAAGUGAAGGAAGAAGAGAAUGAAAUUAGGGAGGAUGAGGAGCCUCCUAGGAAGAGAGGAAGAAGGCGAAAAGAUGACAAAAGUCCCCGGUUACCCAAAAGGAGAAAAAAGCCUCCAAUCCAGUAUGUCCGUUGUGAGAUGGAAGGAUGUGGAACUGUUCUUGCCCAUCCUCGCUAUCUGCAGCACCACAUUAAAUAUCAGCAUUUGCUGAAGAAGAAAUACGUAUGUCCCCAUCCCUCUUGUGGACGACUCUUCAGGCUGCAGAAGCAACUUCUGCGACAUGCCAAGCAUCAUACAGAUCAAAGGGAUUAUAUCUGUGAAUAUUGUGCUCGGGCCUUCAAGAGUUCGCACAACCUGGCAGUGCACCGGAUGAUUCACACUGGCGAGAAGCCGUUACAAUGUGAGAUCUGUGGAUUUACUUGUCGGCAAAAGGCGUCCCUUAACUGGCACAUGAAGAAACAUGACGCAGACUCCUUCUACCAGUUCUCUUGCAAUAUCUGUGGCAAAAAAUUUGAGAAGAAGGACAGCGUAGUGGCACACAAAGCAAAAAGCCACCCUGAGGUGCUGAUUGCAGAAGCUCUGGCUGCCAAUGCAGGCGCCCUCAUCACCAGCACAGAUAUCUUGGGCACUAACCCAGAGACCCUCACACAACCGGCAGAUGGUCAGGGUCUUCCUCUUCUUCCUGAGCCCUUGGGAAACUCAACCUCUGGAGAGUGCCUACUGCUAGAAGCUGAAGGGAUGUCAAAGUCAUACUGCAGUGGGACGGAACGGGUGAGCCUCAUGGCCGAUGGGAAGAUCUUUGUGGGAAGUGGCAGCAGUGGGGGCACUGAAGGGCUGGUCAUGAACUCAGAUAUCCUCGGUGCUACCACAGAGGUUCUCAUUGAAGAUUCAGACUCUACUGGACCGUAGUGGGAGGGAAGACUUUGUAUUUAAAAGAUAAAAAGGACAAAAAAAAAUUUAAAGCAUUUAAAAUCUAGUAAAAUAACUGAAGGGCCUGCUCUUUCCAUUGUGGAUCACAGCACAUAAACACACCCACCCCCUAUUCUCCCUCUGUUGUCCCCUUGAUAAAAUUGAUGCUGCGUUUACCAGAAAGGUGGACACAAAAAAGAAGUAGUAAUUCUUAAAGUGAGGGCUAUCCUCAUCCUUAGUUCCAGCCAGGCAGAUUUCCUGCGGAUCCCUUUUUCCAACCUGUAACUGAUGUGCUUUGGAUCAGCUUCUAACUCUUAUAAUCUAUUACUGUCCUCUAAAUGCCUUCUUCUCCUUCACUGCUGCCCUGUGGUUCUGGCUUGUACCCAAUGCAGCACACUUAUCCUCAAAGUAUCAUACAGUUCUAAUCUCCAGAGGCUGGCAGCUUGACUUGGCACUUUAGGGCCCCUUAGCAGGAUGAGCUGUUAAAACAGCACACAUCUCUCACCCCCUUUUCCUCCAUUUCCCACUGGAUUUCGGAAAGGAAGGACACACGGGGACCAUCCCCUUCCCCUUUGACUCCAGCACUUCAGUCCCCCUCCCAACACCUCCAUAUGGUUCUCAAUGGUGCUCUCUUGCUUGAAAGCAGGCUCCCAGGAGGGAGGGGGCUGCCUUCUACACAGUCGGACUGUAAGACAGAGCUCUAUCAGUGAGACAGUAGAAAAGUCCCAGGCUAAUGGCAGAAAUUUGCACUUUGAACAUGUGUGUUUUUGUGUUGUGGAACUGAGAUUCCUUAUUUAUUAAUGGAAAGUCUGAUUUUUUUUUUUUUUUUAAAUCUUCUUUGCUAUAUUUUGUGGGGCUAGGAGAGAUUAGAUUAUUCUGACGUGGGGUCCUUUCCACAAGAGGUACUUUUGAAGGCAAGACAUAGGCUUGAAGAAGCACAGCCAGCCUCUGAAAGCAUAGCUCCCCAGUAGCCUUUGAAGACAGCUGGUCCUCAGUACUAACAAAAUCACUACAAUAGCCUAGUGCUUGUUGGGAGCCUUUAUAGGGACAGAUGUUAGGUUCAUGGUUAACUAGAGCUCUUGAGAUUUUUAGAGCAUUGAGAUCUUGGAGUUUUGAGGGGAUGAGGAGGAUUGUUCAGGGUCUUAAUUACUGAUGAGAGAUUUUCUCCUGUGAAUCUGGCUUUUAUUUUUGGGGGGUUUUUUUUUUUUUUUGUCCUCACCAUUUCUUUACACAUACCUCCCAAUUUGCCUGUCUGUGGCCCCAUGCUUUGUUGUUGUUUUUUGCAUUAAUUUAUCAUUGGUUCAUUCCAGCUGCCUAGUAUCAGUGAAGGACACUGCCAUUAGUGAAGGAGCAAGGUCUGCGGAUUGUAAAAUUUUCAGUCAAAGAAAAGUGCCCUGUUCUUCUUCUUCAGAAGAGGGAGGGGUGAGUCAAUAGAUAAAGGUUAAUAUAUAUCAUAAUGGCCUUGGCUUUCACCUGAAAUCUGGGAAUUGCCACUUCCAUUGGAAUGGGGAUUUUCAUGGAGUAAAUUCCUGCCUGUGGGAGAGACAGAUAGUUUUUUGGUGCAAGUUUAUAAUCCCCAGAAUAUUAAAAAACCUAUUUUGGCUCAUUUUUAGAGAAUGAGCGGGGCAAUUCUUAUCCUUCUGUUUACUUCAGAAACUGAAAUUGAAGGCUCGGCCUAUUCAUUGUUCAUUGUCUGAAAUGUGUGAUGGCUGUUGGAAAGAAUGAAGUUUUGCCGAGAACAAAAUAAGAAGCAGCUUGUUUUUCACAAACACUAAAAGUACAAAGUUUAUCAAUUUUCUCUUUGAUUUAUUUUUCCCAUUAAGAGGGGUAACAAAAUGCCAUCUCUGAAAGAGACUUAACUUUCACGCCCACUGGUGUCAGUGGUUGGGCUGCCAGGGAAUGGGGAGUGAGACACCUACAGUAAAUGGGCUGAAAUGCACUGUUGUUUCUCUGCAUUGUGUUGCAGACUUGCCAUCCCUCCAGUGUGGGGGUAGAAAAUCGAAUAAGGAUAGAAGGGAUCUAGAAUAUGCUUUCCUGCCCACAGUAAGGGCUUGGAAUUGACUGGUAUGUUGAAUAGAUUUUAAAAUAAGAGUCCACAACAAAGGUGUUGCACUCCCAUAUCAGUCCAUUUUGUGCUGUUCGCUAGCUAGCAUCUGUCCCCACGCUCAUCCUUUGUCUCCCAAAAUUUCAUUUGCAGUGGUUAGUCAUCAGAUAUUUUAGCCACCUACACAAAAGCAAACUAGUAUAUAAGGAAAUCUUGUCUUUCUGCAAUGGGAGGAAAUUUGUUCUCCAUCCCUAUACCACCCCACUCACCUCUCCAAAAGCAACUAGGUGUUUCCAAUGAUGAGAAACUUUUUAUUCUUCUCUUGUUUUGGGUCCUCUUCCAUUUGCCUGCAGUUUUCCUUCAAUAAAUUAUUGUAGCAGUUUUUGCCAUCAAUUUUCAAAUGUUUUUUCAUGGACUUUAUUUUUCCUUUUGGGAAAGGGUUGCUAGCAUAGUCAAGAGUUGGUAUAAGUAAACUGUCUUAUACUAAUCCCUCCCACCUUGUCCUUUCUGAUCCCCAUACUGAUUAUGUCAGUGUCCUCCUCAGGAGCUCUUUAAAAGUCUGCGUUUCAUACCCUUCAUUGGAUUCUGUUAUAUGUAUCUUUUAAAAUAACUCUUACCACUGUAUGUUCCCCAUCUUGAAUUGGCAAUUCUAAAUCCUGAUAUUGAGAUUGAGCUACAGCUGUUCAGUAUUUCUGGGAGAUGUACUUCCCCUUCUUUGUGGUUGCUGAGGGUUAUUUUGCGUAAUUGGUACUCCUUAAUAUGCUUCAGAGAGUUUGGAUAAACACUGGCUGGGUGGACUGGGAGUAAAGAAGAUUACUAAGGUAUGGGAAAGCAUCCACAUGGAGCACUUGAAUCUGCUUUGUACCUGUUUGGAGAAAAAAAAUUCAGUGUACUAUCAGCCUGACUAAGAUUAUUACAGUCUGGUGGUUUGAAGUACCAUUUUUUUCCUCCUGUCUUUUUCCCACUUUCCAGUGUAGUACUCAAGAAAAUUGAAAAAUUGUAAUGGAUCAGUUUAAAAUAUUUUAUUUCCUCAAAGCCUUUUUUGCCUGUUGUAACGUGCAGGACCCUUCUCCUUUGAUGGGAGAGACAGGUAGUUACCUGAAUGUAGGUCGAAAAGGUUAUGUAAAAAAAAAAACUAUAAUAAAAGGGAUACUCUGCUUUUCAAAUCCUUGUUUUCUGUUAAU